GUUGCUGAGACUGACUUUCCGUCGUCGGCGAGCGGUUGGUAACCGUGCGACGCGCGUUGUCACGGGGUUUUUGGUCCGUCGUUGUGGUUUUAAUCCGAUAACAUUUGCUGCUUGGUUUACAGACGAUCAAGAAAUACCUCAGAUUUUGGCUCUGUACAUACAUAGAAAUACAGAAAGAUCUGUCUGUGGCCUCCUGUUGCUUUCAGAAUGCCGGGACCCAGCUGUCGGUUCUAUCAGCACAAAUUUCCGGAGGUGGAGGAUGUGGUGAUGGUGAAUGUUCGCUCCAUUGCCGAGAUGGGCGCUUACGUGAGCCUGCUGGAAUACAACGACAUCGAGGGCAUGAUACUGCUGAGCGAGCUGUCCCGCCGACGCAUCCGUUCCAUUAACAAGCUCAUCCGCAUCGGGCGCAACGAGUGCGUUGUGGUCAUCCGCGUGGAUAAGGAGAAAGGCUACAUCGAUUUGUCCAAGAGGAGAGUUUCACCUGAGGAGGCCAUCAAGUGCGAAGACAAGUUCACCAAAUCCAAAACUGUGUACAGCAUCCUGCGCCAUGUAGCUGAGGUGUUAGACUAUAAUAAGGAUGAACAGCUGGAGAGCCUGUACCAGCGCACUGCCUGGGUCUUCGAUGAGAAGUACAAGCGCCCUGGAUACGGCGCCUAUGAUGUUUUCAAGCAAGCUGUGUCAGACCCUUCCAUACUGGAUGGUCUAGACUUGACAGAGGAUGAAAGGAGGGUCCUCAUAGACAAUAUCAACAGACGGCUAACCCCACAGGCAGUGAAGAUCAGAGCGGAUGUUGAGGUGGCCUGCUAUGGCUAUGAGGGCAUCGACGCAGUGAAAGAGGCUUUAAGAGCAGGAUUGAACUGCUCCACAGAAGCAAUGCCAAUCAAGAUCAACCUGAUAGCCCCGCCACGUUAUGUGAUGACCACCACGACACUGGAGCGCACAGAAGGCCUGUCUGUUCUCAACCAGGCUAUGACUGCCAUCAAAGAGAAGAUUGAGGAGAAGAGGGGGGUCUUCAACAUUCAGAUGGAGCCCAAGGUGGUGACGGACACGGACGAGACAGAGCUGGCACGUCAACUGGAACGGCUCGAGCGAGAAAACGCAGAGGUAGAUGGUGAUGAUGACACAGAGGAGAUUGAGGCCAAGACUGAAGACUAGUGGUCUGCAAGAUGGCCAGGAGCAGCGAAAUGGAGGGAAAGGCCAGUAGGAUGAGGCCACACAGCUGGACAGUUGCAGCUUUGUGUUAAGCAGGAUGCCCCUCUGAAGUGGAACUCUUAAAUAAAGUGUAUCCCAAACUAACACUACAAGAUGGGAGGCCUAACUCCAAACAGACCUACAGAGGACCACAGCUGAGGAUGGCGUUCAGUGUCAUAUACACAUUGGAGCACAUACUCACCCUGGUCUUUAUUAGCUACUGUAAUGAUACUCAAAGAGAGGUGUGUAAGGAAAAAAGAGAUACACAGAUACUUAUAAAUACUUUUUAUCAGACAGUAAAUGAUAUUAAUAGAAAGCAUCUUAAAAUAUGUGAAAAGGUAUAUUUAGGAUUUUAUGACAUUACAAACCUGCAGUCCAACGAGCAAAAUUCAUGGCUCAAGCUGGUGUGGACAGAGUUUGGAAAUAUUUGGACCCCUGAGCCCUGUUCAGGGGUUUCUUUCACUGAAGUGGUUGCAAAACUGUUCUAAAUGAGUUCAGACUGAACCAAUAGUGCUGUGUAUUUUUAAUACUCAAAGUAAUCUCAGUGCUUGUUUAAGGUAAGGAGUCGGUGCCUCUUCGGAAUAAAGGUUUUGAAGUUAAAACUCAAGUUUAUGUAGCAUGGAUAUGUAUUAAGGGAUAUAAAGUAAUGGGGGCAUUUCGGUUAACAUUUAUUCCAUGAGUCAUCAUGAAAAGACUUUUUUUUUUUUUUUGACUUCGACAAUAAGCGCAGUAUCUUCUAAGAUGGACACGCUAUCCGUUAAUAGUGGACUUGCUCAUUCCCUGCUCUACAUAGCAUUUGUCAAUGGAAUAGAAUCAUUUUCCAACAUCCAUCUCUAUGAGCAACUAUACUUUUAUUAUUUUAUUACACUUUUUAAAUUAGCUGCAGUUGGUCAUUUCAGUUGUAAUGUGAGUUAGUUAGAUAAAUAUUUA